UUUUCAGAAUCUCGGCACUAUUUGUCCGACCCAUAACUCCCGCCUCAUUUCGAUUUUCGAGAUCGCAGAGAGAAAUGGAGAGCGAAAGAGGAUCGAGUUCGAAAUCGUGCAAUCCUCUACUGAAGAAAAUCCAACGUUUCUCUCUAUCUCUCCUCGAAGAUCUCUGCAUUCGACGCCGAUUUCCUUUAAUUGCCCUCCAUCGCUACAGAAAUUACUGCAAUGACCCUACUGGAAACUGCUGUUGUAGUUCCUACUCGAUCAAGGGUAAGGAGAUACUCUCUAUUGAAAAAGGUCAUGCUUACAGACUUGAUGUUUUAUUAAGAGUGCUGCUGAUCAUUCAGCAACUGUUGCAAGAAAAGAAGCACAUAUCAAAGAGAGACAUAUACUAUAUGCAUCCAUCAGUAUUUUCAGAACAAGCAGUUGUUGAUCGGGCAAUCAAUGACAUAUGCAUCCUUUUACAAUGCAGUCGCCAUAAUCUGAAUGUGGUGUCUGUAGGAAAUGGGUUGGUGAUGGGAUGGUUACGGUUUGUGCAAGCUGGAAGGAAAUUUGAUUGCAUACGAAGUCCUAGCACUGCCUAUCCUGUUCCUGUGUACGUCGAGGAAGUUGAAGAUGUAAUGAGUGUCGCCCAGUAUGUACUUGUCGUAGAAAAGGAAACAGUGUUCCAGCGAUUGGCAAAUGACAGGUUUUGCGAAAAGAACCGCUGUAUAGUUGUCACAGGAAGAGGUUAUCCAGAUGUUUCAACUAGAAGGUUCUUGAGGCUUCUCAUUGAAAAACUGUGCCUACCUGCGUAUUGCUUGGUAGAUUGUGAUCCUUAUGGUUUUGACAUUCUGACCAUCUACCGUUUCGGUUCGUUGAAAAUGGCUUAUGACGCAAAUUUGCUUGUACCCGACAUACGCUGGCUUGGAGUUUUUCCUUCAGAUUGUGAGAAAUACCACCUUCCGGACCGUUGUCUCCUUCCUCUAACACAUGAAGACAAGAAGAAAGCUGAAGCCAUGUUGCUGAGAUGUUACUUACACCGAGAAGCACCGCAAUGGAGGUCAGAGCUGGAAAUCAUGCUACAGAGAGGAGUGAAAUUUGAGAUUGAAGCAUUGUCUGUAUCGGCAUUCUCCUUCUUGUCAGAGGAGUACAUCCCAUCUAAAAUUCAAGGUGGAUUUAUCAUCUGGUGAGAUUCUUGAUUUCAUGUAUCUAAUUGAACCAGAAAUUUUCAUUCUUCUGAUUUCA